CUAUACCGCAACUACUUCUAGUUACUGUAGCGCAACCAGCGUAGGUGUGCAGUAAAUGAGUGCAUGUAGAUCCAAACGCUGUUAUAGCUGUUGUGGCAGUGUUUUUUAUUUGGAGUGCGUUGGUUGCAUGAAAAGAUUACAAGCAGAAAAGUGUCAUAAAACGUUUUGGUCCGCAUAACUGAAACUACGAUGGAGACUGAAGGCUGGACGUUUGGUGGUGGUUUACGAUAUCACUAGUAUGCGGGCCCUAAAUGAAAAUUGGGUAUAUGAGGGAGUCGGAAUUCAGAAAUUGUUCAUGCAAACUACAUAGCACAAAGGGGUGUUAAAUAUCGUAGCGCCAGUAGCCGUCACCCAACUCGCAACAGGAUGCUACUACGAAUCCCGAUCAAGCGUUGCAGCAGUCCUGCAGCAACACAAGAUGAGACGUCCCACCAAGGAAGCAUCCACUGCUGUAAAUUUUGCGACUACAAGACGACGCGUUUGUGGCACAUGAAAACGCACAUCAUGGUUCAUACAGGGGAGCGACCUCAUAAAUGUCACCUGUGCCCCCAAAGCUUCGCAAAUGGAGACAGUCUGAAGAAGCACCUGCGAACCCACACUGGUGAACGGCCAUAUAAGUGCCUCCUAUGCUCCAGCAGCUUCUCACAGAGGAGCACGUUGACGAAACACUACCUGCGAAUCCACUCGGUUGAGCGGCCACAUGAAUGCCACCUCUGCCCCGAGACGUUCGCUAAGAGAAACACGUUGACGGCACACCUGCGCACUCACUCAGGUAAGCGGCCGUAUGAGUGCUGUGUAUGCCACAAGACCUUCACUCAGAGGUCCACGCUGAAUGGCCACAUGCGCAUCCAUACGGGUGAGCGGCCAUAUCAAUGCCCUGUGUGCCUCAAGAGCUUUUCACAAAAGUCCACCCUGAAGGACCACAGUCACAUUCAUACGGGUGAGCGGCCGUAUCAAUGUCCUUCGUGCAAUGAGACGUUUGUGCAGCGGGUCCACCUCAGAAGACACCUUGAUCAGCAUGCAUAUUUAAUGAAAUCCAGAAAGUGAUGAAGCCAAGAAAGGUGCCGCAAUCGUGACAUAUAUGUGGAGAAAACAAAGUGGAUGAAAAGACAACUUGCCGCUGGCAGGGACCAUACCUGCAAGCUUCGGAUAACAUGAUCUGCCAGUUGGAACUGCGGUGGCAGUCGUCCCCUCGCCCACUUUAUAAAGCAUUCAUGCAUGAUGGUUGUACCUGAUGAACUUUGCAUGUCUUUUCAGAUGUUCAAAUAAGGUAGAAGUUCAGAGGAAGAUGGAAGACUAAGUGAGGAGAAAUCCUUAGACCAAGGGGUGAAUCUGGAGGUAACGUUUCGGCAAGUCCUCUCCAAGGCAAUUACUGCCUUGCAAAGUCAAGAAAGCUUUUCAGGUUAUUCUGUAACAACUCUUUUUUUUUUUCAAACGAUAUAAAUCCUUUUGUUUUAACGGAGAUGAUGGCUAAGCAUAAUCUGCUUAUUUUUUAGAUGAUGUAAAUAUUUAUUAAAAUUUCUGUGACAGCCAUGCUCCUGUAUUUUUUGCACAAGACCUCUAUAUUGCUGCAGAAAUACUUCAUCACAGCUGAAGUGAAACUGUUGCUACUAAUCAAUAAAAACUCAUUCAUUAUGUUUAAACGUGAAGGACUUGAGGGCAGUUGUUUACAUUAGAAAGUUGAAGUGCAUGACAAUUGAGGGCAUACCUAUAUUUUAGAAAUCACUGUAAUUGUACGUAAUUUGAAAUAUUAAUAAAUGAAUUUUAAGGGCAAUAUCUCUGCAUGCCUGGUGUGCAGAAAAUGCAGCCUUUUUGUUACAUCAAUGUAGGACUAGGCUUGAUAAGAAAGUGAUGAAAUUUGAAUCAAGGGGCACUGAAACGGCACAUGGUUAGAGAAAUCGUCGCUAAACAUUCUGAAAUGUACAAGUGCAUGCCUUAUUCUCUAUGUGCAACAUGUAGUGCUUAUCUGUUUUGCUUAAAGGGGCCCUGCAACACUUCCUGAACAUGGUAAGAAAACGCUACUGAUCGGUAGUUGAGACUCCCGAGAACACAAAUAUUAUAGCGCAGCACAAGGCCUGCAAUUCGCAAUUAAUUCCAUAGCCAACUAAAAAUCUCUGUCUUCUUUUGACAAAUGAUGCUACAAGCUCAAAAAUUACUUAUCACAUACAUUCUACUGGCCAUUGGCCAAUUCAAGCGUGGUGUGCUCGGUCUUUACUGGGGCCACUGUGCAUGGCUGCAACUUGUCUACAUGUGCGCUUGCGAUCGCACUACACAGCCACGCAUUCAAAGAGAAAAAGUUCUCAAGGUCACGAGGUGUGCAUGACAUAUUUUCUUUCCCCACGCCAUUCUUCCCUGCUUAGCUUCCAGCACAUUUGUCGGGACGAGAGAAUACAAUAUGAGCGUGCACAAAUCUUUGUAAUUCUGCUUGUACUUAACAGAUUCCAAAAAUUUUUGUGGCAUUGAAUUUGUGAGGCAAUAAGCUCCUUCAGUAGAUCAAUUCAAUGGUUACUCGAAAAAGUAUUUCAUGGCCCCUUCAGACUAUUAACAGGAGCGAAAAAACUAUUUUGCCUGUCUGCAAAAAAAAAAGUGCCUCAGUGGCUUUCCAUGAUUUUUAUACUUGAUAG